GUUACGAACAAGCAAAACGCUUGCGUUCAUUACAUUUGCAGUUAGUUUUGUUUUUGUUCAGAGGAUCUAGUAUCUAAUUUUUGAUCCAAUUCUUGUAUCAAAAUGAACGAAGUUGGAAGUUUAGAAAUAAGCUGGAUCCAAGGAUUUACGGGAGAAAACGUGGAGUUUUUGGACGACAGAACGGUGUGCUACAGGUGUGGUAAUCACAUAAGCUUCCUGAACCUGGAGACAAAAAGCCGCAGUGUUUUUCAGAGUCCUGGUAGAGGCGUCGGUGCGCUAACUGCUAACGGCAAAAUCGGAGUGUUUGCUUUUUCUGAGAGAAAACUCAAUCCAUCUAUAUUUGUCUACACGUUUCCCGAAUUAGAUUUGAAGAAUGAACUGAAAGGGGACGCACGCAUGGACUAUACAUGUAUGACAUUAAGUGAUGGAGGUCCUUAUUUGGGCUGCUGCUCCUCGCUUCCUGAGUUCUCCAUCACAGUAUGGAACUGGCAAUCUGCUGAGGUGCUCUGUACACAGUCACAAGCAGGAAAUGAUGUCAUUUCUUUACACUUCAACCCCAUGAACUGGCUGCAGCUUUGUGCUAUGGGCACCACAACCGUUACUGUCUGGAAAAUAGAAAGAUGUGGGAGGUUUCACAUUCUUAGCCCAAGCAUAGUACCGCUUCCAGCAACCGAUGUCUUUUUGGCAGAGAACCUCCAUCCCCCUCCAGCCAAGAACCCAACCUGCUUUGUUCCAGACAUGCGUUUUUCUUCACAGCCCACCAGAGACACCGUGACACCAUCUUCCCUAUGCUGGACAGCAACAUCACAACUUAAUGUAGGCUGUUCUGAGGGUCACCUCCUCCUUGUUGACCCUGAAAGCCUUUCUGUUUUUGUUCUUUUCAACCCUGCAGCUGCUGAUCCCAUACCUGAACUCCAAAAUUUCUGUUUUCAAGCUUUAAGUUUUACUAGCAAUGAUCUUAUUGCAGUUGAUAAGAAGGGUGUGGUCCAUUGUCUGGAGUUCAGACAACGUAAGAUCCACAUCACCCAAACAUGGAAGUUAGAAAGACCCAUUUCGACAGCAGUACUCUCCCCUGACGAUAAAACAUUACUUCUAUCCUCUAAAACAGGGCAAAUCUAUCUGCUGAACCUGGCCAAGUCAGACCAUAUCGAGGAAGCUCUGAACAUUCUCAGCGGCAACUUUUUGACAGCCACUUCGUGUCAAACUGACAAAACUGACAUUUGUGUGUCCUUAAGGGAGGGUGGAGUUCUGCAGCUGUGGUCCUCUGAUGGCACCUGCAUCGGCUCCCUGGACCUACAAACAGAGGCAACAACUCUUGCCUGCUGUCCCAUUGCUAAUUAUGCAGCUGUUGGAACAGCUUCGGGAAAAGUCCAAUUCAUUGACUUAAACGACGAGAAGCAACUUUGCCUGGUGCAUGAGGUUUACCUCUACCACACUGCUGUGGAUCAUCUAGUUUUUGAUCAAGAGGGACACUACCUUUUCUGCAGUGGAUUGGAUUUACAUCUAUAUGUGCUCAACCCAAGGCCAUCAGCAAGGUUUUCAGUAAUAGGAUACAUUGAUGUUCCUGGCCACAUUUUGUCCCUCUCCACCCAGUGCCUCCCGGUCGAAAGUGGGGAACUGAAGAUUCUCAUACUGUGUGCAACACAGGACAGAAAUGAUCAUGGUAGCGUGCUGAUCGUGUAUUCAAUGCCUGUUGGUCUGACUGAAGUGUCAGAGUUUGUAGACCGUAACGGCUGUCUGCACAUCCCCAAAAAGUUCACAUACAAAGUGCAACCUCCUCUGACUUCCUGUGCUCUGGGAGUCGAUGAAGUCUUUGCUUAUUGUCAAAGUAAAAAAUCUCUUCAGAGAUUUCAGCUUCCCAAGGAGACAAAUGAUCUGUCCAGCCAACAGAUGAUCCAGCUGAAACCAAAGGAUCAGGUGAAAGGUCACCCACUUGGGCCUGCCUGUGUCCUUCUGUCUCCUGACAGCUUGUGGCUGGCCUCUGUUGGACGAGAUGGCUUACUGCGGAUCAGGCCAACUGCCUCUAUGGUAAGUGGGGAUUUUGAUUUUUUUUUUCUUCAUAAUUUGCUUCAUUUAAAUUAUUCAAAAGAGGUACUUAACCGGAUACCAGAAAAGAAAAGCAAAGAAGAGCUGCAGGAAGAACGGAAAAAACUUCCCAAAAUAAACACGUUCUUUCCAAGAACCGAAGAGGGAGAGGUGGACGUUGCUGCUACGGUGAGUGAAGAUUUCGACCAGGUGACGAAUGGAGAGCGCGUGGGGAGGAGGGGGACUGUGAAGCUCAAGGGACAGUACUGUGAGCUGUGGUGUCAUUCCUGUCGACUCGGUGGAGUUCGGACUGUCUCCUUCUCUGAAGACAGUAACACAGUUUUCACAACUGGCUUAAAAGACGGUUCUCUCCAGUGCACCAAGCUCAGACUUUCAUACAGAAGGGAGGAUGCAUAUCGCGAUAUGACCGCUCUGCCCUUGAGAACCUUAUUCCUUGUUGAAAACUCUGAGCUGAGGAAGCUUUCUGUGUGGGUUGAGAAGACUCCAGUUGGCUGCAAUAACACAGAGGAAGAUGCGGUCAGUUGUGCAACAUUGAUUGAUGCGAGGGAGCGAGAUGCAAGUUACAUUUCCCCUGCUCAAAACUCAAACUCAACCUGGAAGGAAAAGAGACAAGAAGCUAUUGUAAGAGAAGACAAUGAGAAGUGUGCAGAAACAAAGACAUACCUGAGAGAAGAGAUGACAAGUAUACGGGAGGCUCUUCAAAAACUGAUGCUUGAAAAUGAGCAUGUCCCUAUUGAAGAGUUUAACUUGGAUGUGGAGGGGCAGAGGGCAAUGGAUGCCAUGGUGGAGGAGGAAGCUGAGAAGGUGAGGGCGGAAAUUCAGCUGGACAUUGCAAAAAACCGUCACCUCUAUGAUGUUAUGAAGAGGGAAUGCUGGGAUUCCUUUAUGGUCAAACCCAGGAGCAUCAUGGCCUUCCACUCUGAAAUGGAAGUGAAGAACUAUCCCCUCAAAGAGAGAACAGAGAAGGAGUUGGAGGACCUCCAUAGGGUUCAAAAUAUAAGGAAGAAUGAAAUGGCUGCAAACAGGCUGAGUGGCCAGGAGAAAAGUGACAGCGAACCGGAGGAAGAGCCAGUGGAGGAGGAAGGCNAAAAAAAAAAAAGGAUUUUCCAAUGUGUGAAAUAUGCCUUUUUGUUUUGCUGUCAGCUUCAAAAACUGAUGCUUGAAAAUGAGCAUGUCCCUAUUGAAGAGUUUAACUUGGAUGUGGAGGGGCAGAGGGCAAUGGAUGCCAUGGUGGAGGAGGAAGCUGAGAAGGUGAGGGCGGAAAUUCAGCUGGACAUUGCAAAAAACCGUCACCUCUAUGAUGUUAUGAAGAGGGAAUGCUGGGAUUCCUUUAUGGUCAAACCCAGGAGCAUCAUGGCCUUCCACUCUGAAAUGGAAGUGAAGAACUAUCCCCUCAAAGAGAGAACAGAGAAGGAGUUGGAGGACCUCCAUAGGGUUCAAAAUAUAAGGAAGAAUGAAAUGGCUGCAAACAGGCUGAGUGGCCAGGAGAAAAGUGACAGCGAACCGGAGGAAGAGCCAGUGGAGGAGGAAGGCCAUGGGGCAGAGAGCACAGCUCUGAGUGGAAGCAUUUCAGCCCAGCUAGGAUAUUUCAAUCCUUACCUCUACAACCAGUUCAGCUUGAAAACUAUCGAACAGAGGAGCAACCAGAUCAUAUUGUUACAGGAUUUGGUUUAUGACAUCAAGAUGGAUUUCAACUCAGAUUUCGAAGCUCUGCACAGGGGGAAAUUGGAAGUGCUCAGACAUGUGAAGGACGGGAACAAAAGGAUCCGGGAACUCAUGCUGAAACUAGACAUAGAGCAGAAGCUGUGGGAGCCCAGUCUGACCGACAGCGAGUGGCCAGAGAGACUGUUCACUUUGGACGACUCUGAGAUUAAGGCAGAGAAAUACCUCAACCUGGAGCAGAAAGAAGAAGAAGAAGAAGAGAGGCGGAGGUUGGCGACUGAGAACCACCUGACUGCACACGAAAUGCCUCCUCCUGAGUUUGUUUUGACCAAAGCUGAAACUCAGUGUUGCAUCGAGGAGAGAGAAGUAUGCAAAGAAAAUGAGAGGAGCUUCAAAGAUCUCGAUAAAGAGGACGGUAUAAAGGCGCCUGAAAUUGAAAUGAAAGCUCUGCAGCAAUCCAUCAAAUAUAAAACUGAAAACUUUGACAAAAUGCUUGCAGAGCUUGAGGAAAAGAAACUCAAAUGCACAAUAGCUAUAGAUCAGGAAGAGAUGAAGAUCAUCAACCUGAAUUAUACAGUGAUCAAGGCUGAGCAGUUGGACACUCAAGAGCAGAAGCUCAAGCUAAAACUUGAACAGGCGUCUGCACACAAGAUGAAAAUGGCGAUAGCCUUGAGGACAUAUAAGGAGGAGGUGAAACAGUUUCAGUGUGAAUAUGACAGAAUUGUAGCUGAAGACAAAGUUCUGGAUAAACAGUUUAGGAGGGACUUUGCAGACGUGCCAAACAACAUGGUCAAGCAGCUUUACAAGCUGUUCAAAUGUAGACCAAAGGUUCAAGUUUUGAGGGCCCAGACUGGAAACCCACCCAACUUCUUAAAGCAGCGUCACCUGACUGACUCCGCUUCUCCUGAUGGACUCAGUCAACUUCUCAAAGCCAUGGAAAAGCUGGAUGCUCCAGAAAAUAUGCCAAAAAUGCUGAAACCAUCCAUCUGGAAGAGAUUUUGUCUUGUGCGCAAAACAAAAGUGGAGAGUGAACAAACGAUUCAUAGAAAAGCAUUAAAUCUCGCUGAGAUGCAGGCCUUUCUGCAGAGAAGAAAAGACCAACUUGAUCUGGCAGAAAAAGAGAUCAGUCAGAUUAGUGACGCCAUUCGGAGCGUCGUGGACGAGAGGAACGAGCAUCUCACUAACUACACGGUCCAGGUUGUAGUGAAAUAUGGACAGGUGGAGCCUUCAGUUUUGUCAACUGAUACACCUGGAGAGAACGCCGCCAUCGUCCACAGAAGUGUGGUAGAGAACUUGACGGCACUCAAGAAAGCAAACACAAAGGUCCAUAAAAACAUCGCCCAUCUGGAGUGGGAGAAUCGGGUAUUGAACAAGAAGUUGGAGAUUUUAAAAGAGCAGAAGAGGGAAAUCAGGCGGCUUAAACUCUCAGAGGAGCAGAAGGAAAUGAUGUUUCUCAGCAGGCAGGAUUGGAGCACUCACACGGAAGAGAAAAUUUCCAAAAUGGAACAAAGUAUUGCUUUGAUGAAAAAGAUCCACGAGAAAAACAUUCAGCAGCGCAAGAAAAGGUUGCAAGGAGUCAAGAAAAAGAUGGCAAAGAUAGCAGAGAGCAAUGCUGACCUAGAGAAGGAGCUUCCUCGUGUUCAGGAGACUGUUGCAAAGCUGACACAGAUCUAUGAACGAGGAGGUGAAGAAAUGUGA